AUGUAUAACCAGCAAGAGAAGCAGUGGCAAAUCCAAAAGAAGAGGAACAAUAAUUCACAGCAGGCACCCAGGGGUAACACUAGUCAGACAGAACAGUCCACCAAACAAAUAGGUACAAUUGCUAUCCCUACUCAGAACACCUAUAUUAAUCUUGAUGUGCAAGAGACACCAUCUACCUUAGAGACAAUGGACAAACACACUGGCAGCAAGAGUGAUAGAAGACAUCAGAUAGAACUACAGCAGCAGCAGGAACAGAGUGAGCAAAAAAGGAAUGCAGCAAAGAGUACUGGUAAGAACAGCAUCAAGGGAAAGGAAGUCAUUACAGGGCCUGCUUCUAUAGGUAUUGACUUAAUGCUCCCAUCCCCUGCACCCCUUGAUAAUAUUGUUAAUAUUGUUGAGAAUGUUGUCGAGGAAGCUGUUGGAGGUAUGGCUAGGAGGAUACAGGAGACACCUACUAAAUUGCAGGAAGGGGUGACCAAAGGGAAGGGGGAAUUACCUCAUGUUGAAGACGAGUUCAAUAAUAAAUCAGGAGGCAGGUUGAGUAAAAAAAAAGAUGCUAUAAAAAAGAAACAGACUGCUGAUCAGGCUUCAGAUAGGGGAAUACAAACAGAGGAACAAGAUGUCAAUAAGGAUAAAUUUGAUAGGCCACCUCAAGAUGAUUAUGGGGUUUUGAAUUUUAAGGAUGAAGUGGAUUCUGAUAAUCAGUCCAUUGAUGAAUCUGGUGAUGAAGAAGAAGAUAACAGCAAUCAGCCUCCUCACAAUUUUGGUUCCACCUUUAAGGAAAAAUGGCCUAAGGAAGUUCAGGAACUUUCUUCAAAACAAGGUCUAUCCCCAAGAGGUAGGAAACAAAACAGACAAAAUAAUCGACAAACUACCAGUACAUCUGAAACCUCUAGCAGGCCCAAUACAAGGUCUAAAUCCAAAGGGUUUUGA